AUGGCGUGUGAACCAAGAAUUAUCGAAGAAUUCUACGAUAAACAUCGUGAAACAAUCGAAAGUACUCCAGAGGAGUUGAUUUUUAGUAUCGAUGAAACAUUCAUAAACAAAUUUAAGAAGAAGAAAGUUGCAUUACCUGAGGAGAUAGAGCAUAUGAUCGCCAAAGGAAUUCCAAACUUUCCGCACAUUACAGCUUUAUGCGGAUGCUCAAUGACAGGCAAAUCUGUCCCACCUCUCUUUGUUCUCCCAUGUAUUGCAGAACUACCUAGAGAACUGAAAGUAUUCCAGCGCGAAAGACAUUGUUGGUUUACUUCUACGCCAAAAGGCUGGGUGAACAGAAGUGUAUUCUUAUUGUAUUGCAUUUUCUUCAUCGAGUGGCUUAACUUUGAACGCCAGAGAAUGCCAGAAGAUAUACGUGACAAGCCUGCUCUCAUUGUGUGUGAUGGACACUCCAGCCGCGAGAAUCCUCUGGCAUUGUUCCUUUUGGCAAGUGCCAACAUCAAAUUAAUUGUUCUUCCCGCACAUACAACACACAUUUUACAAGUAUUUGAUGUUGGCAUUGCCAAAAGAUUAAAGUCCAAAUUCACGGAUUAUCUGAGAGAUUACAUUAAGGCACCGAAGCAAGAGUUCAACAGCAAUGCUGCAAUGAUGCGCUACGCCAUUAUCUACUCAUUUAUUAGCGCAUGGCAAGAAUCAGUAUCAUUAAGAACGGUUCAAAAUGCUGCUGCCGCCUGCGGUCUUUGCCCUUGUUCUGUAGAAGCUCUCAAACAUAAUAAGUAUGUUCGUGAAUUGACUCCUGCAGAAAAAGAAUUGCAAGAGAAAAGAAAUUACCGUAAUCGAAAUCGUUUUAACAUCAAUGGUGAAGAAUUGACGACGAUGGACAUGAUUUGCGCAAUUUCUGACAAUAUUAAGAAGAAUCCUGCAAAUCACAGAUUUUGCAGGAAGCCAGAACAAGACACCAAGGAACGUUUCUACUUUUGGAUUACAAACUAUCUUGAUCCCAGCACUGAGUUGUUGACAAAACUCCCUAAUAUGCCAGGUUAUAGUCCAAAUGAUUAG